CUCCAACAGUCCCAACUGGCGUUCCAUAUACUUGUAAUUGACGGUCACAUCAAAGAAAGAACUAGCCGGUUAGGUUAAAAUUUUGAGAAAAUUACACGUUGUUGUGGGGCUCUUUAAGAUAUCAGAGUUCUUUCUUCCCACCACUGACUGUGAUCCAAUCAGCUGUGGGUGUUUACUGAUUAUCAUCCAAAUAGAGCACAGAAAGAGAACUGAUGAGAUGGCUAAGGAAAGGGAACAGAAGGUGACCUUAAUCAAAGACUUGCGACCUGGAUUGAAGAAUCUACAGAUCACUUUCAUUGUCCUUGAUAUUGAGAAGCCUACAAAGACCAAAGACGGGCAUGAGGUGAGGUCGUGUAAGGUGGCCGAUAAAACGGGAAGUAUCAAUAUGUCUUUAUGGGAUGAACUUGGAGAAAUCAUUCAGAGUGGAGAUAUCAUCAGAUUGACAAAAGGGUAUUCUUCAAUGUACAGAAAUCAUCUGACUCUCUACAGUGGACAGGCUGGAAAACUUCAAAAAGUUGGAGAGUACUGUCUGAUAUUCUCAGAGACUCCCAACAUGAGUGAACCUAAUCCUGAAUUCCUUGCUCAAGCAAAAAUAAAUAUGCAAGAUGGUAGAAGCAACUCGCCCACAGGGAGUAAUCAAGGAAUGGUUCAACAGGGCCCUAACAAACCAAGUAAUGGUGUUAGGUUGGGAAACAGUGGCGGCCCUCCCGGCAAUAUGGACCAGCAGCAUCAACGUCCUCCUACACCCCCACCCCAGGGAUUCCCCCACCAGUCACACCAGCCCCACCAAGCUAUCCGAGGAGGGCGGGGUCAUAUCCCCCCUAACAGAGGUGCAUUUGCAGGAAGAAGUCGAGGAAGGAGAGGACGAUAGUGCCUUGCCUGUGUGGUAUAUGAAUAACAAACUGAUGUAAUAAACAAACUGUCUGAAGACAAUGAUGACUCCAUACAUACAGUGACUGCAAAGACAAUGCUAAAACUCUGAAAGUUGGUGCUGUUUAUCGUCUAGAGUCUUGAACACAUAUUUGGAUGUCAAUGAUUCUGUGGAUGGAUGAACUACAGCUGCCUUCUACCAUAUGGUGUACUCAAUGUGAAAACAAAUUUCUUCUUGUUGAUAGAUCAAAGAUGUCUGUGAUCUAAGCCAAACCCAAAUCUGUGAAGAUCUUGCAGUAUACACUCGUCUAGAGCCUGGUUGGUGAAACCCCCAGCACCAAGUUGUAAUAUAUGAUGUAUGUGCUGACCAAUUCAUCAUUGUGUCCAAAGUUUUUUUUUGUUGGGCAAAAUAUUUUUAAAUUACAGGUAGUUUCUUUGAAUAUUGUGUCAUAUCUUUUAAAAUUUUACAUGCUACUGCGAUCAUCAUUAUUACCCACCUGGUUGGUUCCUCCUAAAAUUAACUAUACAGAUAAUUUUUCAUAAAGAUAUUUUUGAAAAAUUUUCAAAUGAGUAUAUUCUGUUGAAUAGUAUAACUUAAUACCUACUUUAUCACAAGUCUCUAAGUGCUCUUCAGUAAUGCAGCAUAAUUACCCUGGCUUUAGCAGAGCAGCUGUUACACGCACUGCGUUUCAAGGGAUACAUCUUUGCCAGUUACCCAUUUACCUCACCUUGGUUUAAGUGCAGCAAAAUAUGGAUCAAUUUCUUGUUGAAGGAAAUUAUGUCAUGGCUGAGAUUCAAACCCAACACCCUCUGUUUCAAUGGCCAGAGCCUAAUCCAAUGGGUCAUGAUGAUCAAUAGUAAUUGAUGGUAUCAGUUGUCUUUGUCAAUGAUGUGUUUUGAACUGUUUGUUUUCAACGCAAUUUGAAAAUUUAUAUUUCAUUUGUAAUUUUCAGUAAUGCCUUAGCAUCACAUCCAUUAAGCUUGGACAUCACAUUGAACCCACCCCUCUUUUGUGAAAUAUGCUUUGCUUUGCUCUUUUAAAACCCUUUUGAAAAUGUUCUUAUGAACUUUGACCAUGUUGUGGUAUCAUCAUAAUAAAAAUAAAAUUUAAAAAUAUUAAAAUUUUGAAUCUUAUAUCAGAUGAUUUUGAAAGCUCAAGUCCUCAUUUGAUGAAACAUGCAUGGUAAUGACUAUCAAGUAUCAGCAAAGAGAAUAGUAAUAUUUCAGGUCACUCAACCAAAAUCAAAGUUCGCUAGACUUCAGUGACCUGAUAUCAACUUAAAAACUUAACCAAAUUUUAAAAACCCUUACCAGACUUAAAAUAGAAAUUGACAAAUCAUACAUUUCCCAAUUUUAAGCUUAUACAAAAUAUAUCAAUAAAAACCUUUUCACCACCUGCCAAAUUAGUAUUUGCUUGAGAAUAUAU